AUGGUCCCACACAAUGAACCAAUUUAUGGCUUUUCUGGAGAAAAAGUUUCCACUUGUGGCUACAUUGACCUCCAUACAGUCUUUCGUGACGGAGCCCAAACCAAGACCAUUCCUAUCCGCUUCGUCAUCGUCGACGCACCUACAUCUUAUAAUGUCCUCCUCGGCCGCCCCUCACUCAACACCCUUGGCGCUGUCGUUUCCACCCCUCAUUUGGCCAUGAAGUUUCCCUCCCCAUCUGGCGACAUCCUCACCAUUCAUUGCGAUCAACGCCUUGCACCUGCCGACUUGCUUGGAGUUGACCCUCAUGUAGCAUCUCACAAGUUAUCUAUCUACAAACUCGGCGAGGAGCGAUGCCUAGCGGCCAAGGCUGAGGCUGAUAAAUUACUGAGCGCAGGGUUCAUCGAAGAAGCUCACUAUACCACUUGGCUCUCUAAUGUGGUCCUGGUUAAGAAAGUCAACGACAAGUGGUGGAUGUGUGUUGAUUACACGAAUCUUAAUAAAGCUUGUCCCAGAGAUGCCUAUCCCUUACCCAAUAUUGACCGACUUAUUGACGGUGUGGCCGGUAACAAGGUCUUGAGCUUUCUUGAUGCAUACUCUUGUUACAAUCAAAUCCCCAUGGCCACAUCCGACAUGAGCAAAACCGCUUUCAUCAUAGACGACAGUAUCAAUAGUCUUCUCCGCAUUACGAUAGUACAACCUUCACCUCAACCCCGACAAGUGCAUAUUCGGUGUCGACCGCGGUAA